AUGUCUAAAGGGUUCAAUCUUAAUUUAAAAAAUUCGAACGUGAUGACUUUUGAAUAAGAAAAUGAAUUAUUUGCUGGACAAAGUAUAAAACUAAAUUUUAAAUUGGGGGAUAAGUAAUUUGAUUUGGAGUUUAAAGUAGGAUAAGAUGUGGAAUGGGCUAAAAAAUGUGUUGCAGAAUAAUUAGAUUGCGGAAGAAAUGACUUUGACUUGAUAUUUGAGGAAAAGGUAAUGCCAGAAUUCUUUUCAUUAAAUGAUAUUCCCAAUUUAAAGGAUCAAUCAUCAAUUUAAAUAAGAAUGAAGAUAUGA